AUGAGUGUGGUCGGCACGAGCCAGUACAUGGCGCCGGAGGUGAUUGAGGGGAGGAGGUAUGAUGGCCGGUGUGACUGGUGGAGUGUGGGGAUUAUCUUAUAUGAGUGUUUGUAUGGGCACACGCCGUUCCUCUCGGAUGAGGGACGCCAGCAGACGAAGAUCAAUAUUCUGCGCCAUCGGGAGACAUUUGGGUUUCCGGUUCAUCCGACUGUGUCCCAUCGUUGCCGUCAUUUGAUGGCGAGCCUGAUCACGGAUAAAGAGAACAGGUUGUGCUCGAAGAGGUAUCGCAUGAAGGAUUUGGUUAUGGGGACUGAGGCGUCGUCUUCGUCGGCUGCGUCGUAUUAUGCGGGCAGUGGCAGCUACACCACCACCAGCAGCAGUCGGCUUGCGACGGGGCAUGGGUUAAGGGACUUUGCCGGACGGUUUGUGUUUCCUUACGAUGCAGAGGAUAUUAAGGCGCAUAAGUGGUUCAGGAGUGUUCCCUGGGAGAGGCUGCAUGAGGUGGAUCCACCGUUGGUGCCGAGGUUGAGUUCGGAAACGGAUACACGGUAUUUUGACGAUGGCGGUGGGGAGAUCAGUGAGGAGGAGGAGAGUUGUGAGAGUGAGGAUGAGGGGCAGGAGGGGGUAAAGGGGUGGGAGCAACAGGCAGGAUGGGGCCAGCCUCUUGUGGGUGUAGCUCAACAGCAGCAGCAGAAUCAAAUGCUCGAUACGCCGAGGCACGAUAUUCCCCCUGUCCCGACGAAACAACCUCCUCCUAUCCCGCUGAUCGAGACUCUCUCUCCCUCACCACUGGGUGCAGCACCCAUCGUCUUACCGAGUCCGACGCUGGAGCAACAGGCUUUCCUUCGUCCACUACGCCGUCCUUUGCAGGAGCUUGCCCUAGCGACCCUGCCGCAUCCUGCACAUGCCCAUGACCCAAAUGCAGCAGUUUUGGUUGGCCAGCUUCGUGCCGCCAUCCUCAAUGGGACUGUUGACCACCUACUGAGGGUUAUUGGAGCACAGGAGCUGGUGCCGCCAACUAAUCUGGUGGAGAGGAGGCUAUUGAGUGACUUCGUGAGGCGAUACGCGCUAGUAGGACCAAUACCAAACGGCUUUAACAACUGGGAACAGCAACAGCAGCAGCAGCAGCUACAACAGCCCCAAGAAGAGAAGGAGAAAAAAAAGGAAAAGGAGAAGAAACGGCCCCGGGAUAGAUUGUUGCGGGAUCCGCGAACCAGAAAAGUUGCAAUGGACGUCAGACGACGGACAGCCUUCAUGGGAUAUGAGUGGCGGCGAGCCGGGACGGCGCAUUGUACGCUGAGGAAUCUGACGCCACCGACGGCGAUGAGGUUGGCCAACGUUGCUGCUGCUGGUGGUGGCGUUGGGACAGGUAUGAGGGCGGUAAGUUGUUCCGGGGCAAUUCAGUCAAGGCCUUAUCCGCCUGCACCGUAUCCAAGUGCUUCUAGGGUUACCACUCCUCCUGGUGCGCCGACGACAACGGCGGGGGAGAGUUGGUGGGGUGGGCGUGAGGUCAAGUUUGGGAAUGGGAAAUUGGACCUUGACCAGACAACGAGAAAGAAGGAUGAGGAUGGGAUGGGCAAGGUCAGAGAGAAUGAAGGUGGUUCGCCAUAUCUGCAUGCCCAUCCUCAUCCAAACCCGUUCCAAUCUCUUCAACCUGGGCAGCAACAGCAGCAGCAACAGCAACAGCAACAGCAACAACAACAACAUCUUCAAGCACAAGCGCUGCCAAUGGGCUUCCCACCUGCUCCUCUUGCUUCGACUGGUCCUGGGAUGGAAAGCAAAGCUGACACUACGACAGGUUGGCAGUUAGGAACGCAGCCAACAGGCUUUCGUCCGCAGGUUCAGGGUGGUGGUCCUCCUAACGGCUUCCAGGGUUGGAGGGAUGACGUAGCUGUUGUUGAGGCACUGCACAGAGGACCGUGGAGUCUGGCUUGA